GUAGUAUGAGGUAUAUCUCGAUUUUCUAGCCUAUAUGUAUAUAUAUAUACACUACAGAUAUCCAGACUAAAACAAGCAACAAUUACUUCAAUCUUUCAAAGUUUUGAUCACUUCUUACAAAAACAUAUCUCCUUAAAAGUCUCAUUUUCCUUGCCGAAUACAACCAACAAUGGCCAUCGUACAAAAGCUGAGACGGUCUUUAUCAAAUGAAAGAAGAUCAGCCGAGGUUCCAAAGGGGCACUUAGCUGUUUACGUUGGGGAGAGCAGCAAUAAGAAGCGGUUUGUUGUUCCGGUGUCUUAUUUGAAGAAUCCUAUGUUUCAAGAAUUGCUGUCUCAAGCUGAGGAGGAAUUCGGGUUCCAUCAUCCAAUGGGAGGCCUCACCAUUCCUUGCAGCGCAGAUUUAUUCGUUGAUAUCACAUCCCAUUUGAACAAGGCAUAUAGAUAGAUAGAUAGAUUUUCCUAUUGUUUUCGGAGGCAUUUAUCCUUUCAUUUAAAGAGGAUGUAUUUGCCCGGACAGAAUUUGUAUUUUCUUACAAUUAAUUAUACUCCGAAAACACAUUGCAAGAAAAUUCUUUUGAUCAA